AUGUCUGGUUUCCCCAAAGAUUACGUUUCGUUCAUGAUGCGCAUAUUGAAACAAAUGCAGCAUGAGUUUGCUGAGAUUCAACGUGUCGACAUCGAAUUUAAACUCCUCAGUGAAGAAGAACAGGUCGCGAUACCUGACGCUGCACAAUAUGAUUCGGGCUCGGAAGUAGAAGAAGUCACUGUAGGACAUAUUCAAGAAUUGCUUGAGCAUGCUUUCCCCAAUGGACUUAGUGUACCUGUCAUGGCCGAAGCGCUCAGGGCCACUGAAGAAGAAGUGGUACGGUAUCUUGGCGAAUUGGAAGCUUUGGGAAUCGUAACCCGCGUAGAUGAUGAAUGGCUCAGGGUAGACACGCGAAAUGUCGAUGCAGUCGCUCGAGCUGUGCAUGGUCCACAAGAUCAGCCGACAGUUGCGAUCAUAACGUGCCUGUUUGUUGAAAAACAGGCCGUUGAUGCUUUGAUAGAGGAGCGAUCUGUUUUACACAAGUAUAAAUCUGGCGGCGACUCGAAUGUUUACUCAAUGGGCCGUAUUGGUAAUCAUCGUGUUGUGGCUACCAAACUUGCUUCCAUUGGGGAUACCCGUGAAGCGACUACCAGUGCAGGUUCUAUAACGACAAGACUGCUGGGAAAUUUCCAAAAUAUCGAGCACGUGUUUGUGGUUGGUGUUGGUGGAGCAGUCCCGCAUUUCACGGACGCGAAGCGUCAUGCUCGCUUA